UGCAUGGAGGCGGGUAAGAUGGCAGCGGUCAGGGAACUUCGGUCUUUUUCUAACUGGACCCUGGCUGUCAGGAACCGUUGUCAUCUCCCACUUGGGCUCGGUGUGGUCUCUGACCAGCUCCGCACUUUCUCCAUGUCCGGCACUUUAAAUCAAGCCGAGAAGGAGCAGGAACUACAGAAAAAUCCCUUUUACAGCAAAUACCAGACCAAGAUCCAGGAGCUGCGGAGGGCAAAACCAGAUGAAUAUGAGGCUCGUAUGGCAAAGAAAGAAGAUGUUAAGAGGCACCCAUUAGGACAUUCAAAACAGGGCGAGUUUAUCAGACUCAUGGAACAGAAGUCAAAAGAACUCGGCGAAAGAGCAACUGAAAAGACAAUUGGUUUCAAUAAGAGUAAGACACUUCAUUCAAUUCUCAAUAUGGAUAUGGUGAAAGAAAAAACUCCUGAGGAAAUAGGACAGAUUUGGAAUCAAUAUUUUGCUUUGAAGAAUACUAUCUCUGCAGUAAUUCCUGGUGCAACAUUUGAUCUGAUGCACAGCAGGUCACAGAAAUGUCCCACUUUCUUGUAUGCUUUGCCAAGACAAACAGGUUAUGAGUUCUUUGUGGGUCAGUGGUCUGCGACUGAGCUUCACUUUUCUUCCUUAAUAAAUCUUCAGUCUUUGGGGAUGAAUUCACCAAGUCAGCUUAUAAUAUAUCAUUAUCCUGAUCUCCAGAAAGAGAAGGGCAUUGUGCUUCUUACUGCAGAAAUAGACACAACAUUUCUGAAUGUACAAGAGGCACAGUGUCUAGCCAAUGAAGCACAACUCUUUUACGCCACAGACUGUCAAAAGAUCUACAAUCUGGUGGAGACAUUUAACCACAAAUCUAGUGAUUUCAAACACACGUCUGUCAUUGCUGAGAUCGAGCAAUGUGGAAUUGGAGGCUCGUUGAUGGGAAAUAAGAGUGCAAAGACUUAGGACUUGUGCAGCUAUGAAGAAAAGGCUGAGAUAUAAAUAAAUCUGAAUGACUUUUUGUUAUGGACCUAAAAAGGUUGACACUGAAAGUUUUAUAUUUUUGCUAGCCAGUUUCUAUGAACAACAUUGUCUGGAACUAGUUAUUUCCAGCAGCCAGGGGUGAUCCCCUAUUACUCCAAACUGGCAACCCCUCAUGAGAAUGUCUGAAGUUCAGACUUUGAAUGUGGUGAAGUAGUAGUUGACUUUGCAGAGUUUCAAAUGAAGCACUAUAACACAUGAACAAGAGACUCAUUAAAACUAAAGGGUUUCAAUUUUGGGUAAAGUAAAAGCAUAAGAAAUAGGGGCAGGGGUGGACCACAAGGCCACUCGAGUCUGCAUAGCCAUUCAAUAAGAUUUUGGUUGAUCCUAAAUCUGAACUCCACUUUCCUGCCUGAUCCACAUAUUUGUUGAUCUAAAGAUUCACAACCCUCUGAGUGAAAAAAUUCUCCUCAUCACAGCCUGAAAUGUCCAUUGCCCUAUCUUGAUACCAAGCCCCCUAGUUGUAGAUUCCCUAGUCAGGGGAAAUAGCCUCUCAGCAUCUACCUUGUCAAGCCUUUUCAAAUCCUUAUGUGUGUCGUCUCACAUUUUUCAAAUUUCCAGAGAAUAUAGGCCCAUUCUGCUCAAUCUCUCCUCAAUAAACAAUCCUGACCCAAGGGAUCAAUCUAGUAAAUCUUCAUUUCACCCCCUUUAAGACAAGUAUAUCUUUCCUUGCAACAUCAAAAUUGUGCACAGUUUUCCCGGUGUGAUCUCACCAAAGCCAUUGCAGCAGGACUUCCUUACUCUUGUACUCUAACCCUAUUGCAAUAAAAGCCAACCUACCAUUUGCCUUCCUAAUUGCUUGCUGCACCUGCAUUUUAACUUUAUUGAAUUUGGUGUUCAAUAAAAAUAUAAUUUCCCACCAUUUAAAAAGUAAUUUUUUUCUAUUCUUCCUACAAAAGUGUGUAACCUCACAUUUCCCUGUUAUACUCAAUCUGCCAGCUUCUUACUGAUUUGUUUAAGAAAUCUCUAUCCCUUUGCAAACUGUGUCCUCCUCACAGCUUACUUUCCUUCUAGCUUUGUAUUGUCAGCAAACUUAGAUAUAUUGCACUCAGUCUUUCAUCUAAAUCAUUAAUAAAGAAGAAAGAAAGACCAGCUUUUAUAUAUUAUCUUUCAUGACCACUGGAUGUUUAUAUAGAUUGUAAGUAAUUGAGGCUGCAGUACUGACUAGUACUGCAGCACUCACUAGUAACCUACCAACCUGAAAAUGACCUGUUUAUUCCUACAUUUUGUUUUUGGAUUUCUGCCCUGUGUGGUAGGUAUAGUGAAAUCUUAAAAGCAGAAAUGUUGAAGGUGUUUAAGACAUAAUUAACCUGUAAUUCGUAGCAAGGAAGUCUACUAAAGUGGCUGUGGAAGUGACAAUUCCCCCCCCCCCCAAAAAAAAAGAACAAUUAGCUAUACAUUCUCUGCAAUAAUUGAAAUGACAGCUUGAUUAUUGUGGAGCCAUUUGGCAAUAUGUGCAAAAAUAGUUUGUGUGUUUGAUUUGAUGGUAUGUUCAUAAAUACUGCAAUGUAUUGAGAGUGUCCAAAUAUUUCUUUUGUCCACCCUGCAUGUCUGAGCUGUAUUCUAACUGAGUCCUUACAAAUGAAAAGAGAGUGUUGUAACUGU